AUGCCUGGAAGAAACCACCAUCCAGAUGGCAACUUUUUCAGAGGGAAAGGACACAGCUAUCUUGCGGCAGAAGAAGCUCUGGGUAUUGGACUCUUCAUUUUGGUGCUGGCAAUUUUACUUAUCUUUGGCUGCUGGUAUUACAAAAGACGUAGUGGCUAUAAAAGUCUGCGGAGCAAAAGCUCUAGUGUGGGCACAGUACGAACUGUGGUAGGUGAGGGAACAACACCGGACUGCAAAACGGCUCUGCAGGAGUACAAAAACUUUAAUUGUGUGGUACCUGAUGCUCCACCAGCUUAUGACAAAAUUGCUGCAGAUCAGUCACCACCUCCUUACUCACCAUGA